AUGUCCCGACCGCGCCGCGCGCGCGCCACGCUGCUCCUCCUGUGGGCGGGGAGCGUAGCUGGCGGGCGCGGCGUCGCUGUGGUCACCGGCGGGACCGGUGGCAUCGGCCUGGCCACGGCGCGGCUCCUCGCCGCCCGCGGGAGCGACCUCGUCCUGGCGUACGGCGCCGACGACGCGCGGGCGGCGGCUGCCGCCGAGGAGCUGCAGUCUGCCCACGGCGUGCGCGUGGUCACGGUCGGCGGCGACCUGACGACCGACGCGGGCCGCGAGACGACGGUCGCCUCCGUCUUCGCCGCGGUCGACGGCGAGCUGGACGGCCGCGUGGCGAGCUUUGUGCACGCGGCGGGCUUCUUCCACGAGGGGCUGCUGAGCACGCACCUCGACGGCAGCAUGCAGGACGCCUUUGCGAUGUACGACGAGUACCAGUCGAUCUACCCAAAGGCGCUCAUCGCCUUCGCCGAGGAGUGCAUCCCGCGCAUGGCCGACGGUGAGGGCCGGAUCGUAGCCGUGAGCAACCCGGGCUGCAACACGAUGCAGAUACCGCGCGUGAACUACGACAUGCCGGGGCAGGCCAAGGCGACGAUGGAGUGGCUGGUGCGCAUGUACGCGCUCCGCCUCGCCGGCCGCGGCCUCUGCGUCAACGCCGUCUCGCCGGGCUACACAGACACAAAGGAGUGGGACAAGGCGCGGCUCGGCAUGGGGAGGGGCGACAUGGAGGUGGGGAGGAAGCUGCUCGACGAGAAGAUGCUCUCGCGCUCGCCGAUGCGCCGCUGGGCCGACGCGUCCGAGAUUGCGCAGACCAUCGCCUACCUCGCCGCCGAGCAGACGGGCCUCAUCACCGGCGCCUUCAUUCCCGUGGACGGAGGGCUGCACCUCACAUGA